UGGCGUGCGGGGUGCAUCCACUGCGUCUGCGCAAUGCCCCUCGGUAGCCGUCCCCGGAAGCGCUUCCUUCGCUGAUAGCCGUGUGCCGCAGCUAUUCAGCCUCUCUAGGCCGGUGGGUCUUCCGCUCCAUGGUCCUGUCUGUCAGCGCAGUUUCAGAAGUCCACCGCCUAGGCCCGGCCGCGCUCGGACGCUUCGAUCCCCGAGCGGGUCGCGGGUAGUCCAGCGGCCGCGGAACGAUGGCGUGGCGGCACUGACAGGCGCGGGCGGCUGCCGAGCCCCGCGGGCCGGCAUGGCGGGCCAGUUCCGCAGCUACGUGUGGGACCCUUUGCUGAUUCUGUCGCAGAUCGUGCUCAUGCAGACAGUCUACUAUGGCUCUCUGGGCCUGUGGCUGGCGCUAGUGGACGCGCUGGUGCGCAGCAGCCCGUCCCUGGACCAGAUGUUCGACGCCGAGAUCCUGGGCUUCUCCACCCCUCCAGGCCGGCUCUCAAUGAUGUCCUUCGUCCUCAACGCCCUCACCUGAAAGGAGAUUUCCUCAGGAGUACGUGUGCCAGCGGGGCCAAGCCCCAUGCAAGCUCGUCCUAGCUGGUGACAGUGAUGGCUAGUGGGUGACUGCUGUCAAGAUCUGCCAAGUAGGAAGCCGUGAGGCAGCAGCAGACUGGAGCGGGCUCUGGAGUCAGACAUGCUAGACUCUGAUCAUCAGGUGACCUCCCAGGCCCUGGGUCUCCAUCAUCAAGUGGGUGCUGUAAUGAACCUAGGAUUGCUGGGAAGCAGGAACUAAGUGGGGUGCAUAUGUAACACGCCAAGCAGAGAGCAGGCACUCAUGAAAAUGCUCCUCGAAUUCUAGGGCCACCUCCGCAUAAUUAGGUUCUGGGCAAGACUGAGAGGGCGACUGGUCUGUGAGUGAGUUGCUGCCAGGGAGAGGAAGGAAGGAAAGCUCCCACCACAUACACACUCAGCACACAGGGCAAUGGUGGGCUCUUAGCCAGAUGACUAUGGUCACUGUUGCAGCCACAGCUUUGACAUAAGGUGGGAAAGACUUCAAACAGGCAUUCAUUCUACCACUUAUCAUCAGUUCACUUCUUGAGCUUCGGGCCCUAUCAGUAAAGCAGCAUGUGUAAAUACCUGUUGCACAGAGCCCUUCUAUAAAGUAGGCCACUGUUUCUGACCCUCCCCCACAGUGCCUGUCCCUAGGAAAGAUAGCCACUGGGUCCAUUUUGUGAGUGUAUGAGGAAGGGGUGUGGGGGAGCUUACCUAGCAGAGAUUUGCAGGAUCUGUGGAACUCUGAGCACUGAAUACCAGCACCUUCUGGCCAGCCUAUGGAGUUCUUGGAUCCGGCUAUUCGAACUCUUGAAUAGCUUCAAGAGGGACAAGUUUUUUAAUACCUGCCAGGGUCAAGAAACCAGAAAGAGGUUUCCAGAUCUCCCAGGAGAGCCCCUCUUCCCCUGCCAGUUGCUUGGCUCAGCCCAGGGCUGAGUCUGCUGGCUCCCUUGGGUCACUGGGUCUGGCACCUGGGGCAACACUUCAGGUGGGGGUCGGGUUCCCUAAGCAGGGGCUAAAAUGGAGCAUCUCACCGUUUUAAGUCGGUUCCGCUCAAUUACUUUGCCCACAGGCUGGUUUAUCUUGUCCUGUAGUUUCUCAUCUUGCAUCUGAGGGAUGGGAAGAAAGUGAGAGAGCGCGUCCUGGUAUAGGGGAGUCCCCUCGCAUUCCCGUAUUGUGCCGUAUUGUGCUCAUUUGGCUGAGUUUGGUUAGACCAGUCCUAGACUAGAGUCUUAUCACGUUGGGUUUGGAACAGAACUGAGAGCAUCUUAGCUCUGCCAGCCUCCAUUGACCCUUCACCUUCCCCCUUUCCACAAGGCUGGAAAGACUCUUUCUUGCGGCUGGACUCUCUGGUACGAUUCCUUCUAUGGGGCCUGCCGGGCUCUGGCACAGGGCUGACCUUAGAAGCCACUUUACUCUUCAGCCUCUUCUUUGUAGAUGGACUCAUACUGGGGCUGUAGGAGCAAGACUGGACCCAGUGCUGCCUGCACCCUGCCCCUCUCACAUCAGCACUUGGGCUGAGUACCAUAUGAUGGUUCUGGAGCUGCCAGGCAGGGGAGCUGUGACGUCACUGAAAUGUGUGACAGCAUCAGGCUAUGUCUCUAGGGGUGAAGGGUGGAGGGUCAAAAGGCCACACCCAUCUGUGGAGAAACACAGUAUGAGGCAGGCGGUAUGUACGCGACCGUGACCUCCCUAUGAGGUAAGAAGAUGGACCCUCUUUUUAAAUGAAGCUGAGAUUUUAAAAGGUUAUGCAGUUUACCAAUUCAUGACUGGUUGCUGGUAGAGCUGAGAACAUGAUGUGGGUCUGACAAGUCAAGCCAUGAAAACCGGAGUUCCCAAACCUCCUCGCUCCAGCCAGGCCACCUAGUUGACUGGCACCCGCAACCUCUUUUUCUUCAUAUAAUUCCUAGAAUAAAGUGAGCUUAUAUUCAGAUGAAAUGAGGCAUAGUUUGGGUGCUGUGGCUGUAGAGGGCUUACAUUUUAGUGGAGGCAAGUAUCCCCCAGAUGGUACGUGUGCGUAUUAUAAAUUUUGCUGAUGAAGUCUAGAAAUAAUCGUUCAAUGCUCUUUAUUAUACAUUUUAUUGUUCAGUUACUAUUCUUUUGUUUAGUUUUGGUUUUGGGUUUUGGAGACAAGGUUUUUCAGUGUGACGGAGCCCUGGGUGUCCUGGAACUCUCUUUGUAGACCAGGCUGAUCUUGAAGUCACAAGAGAUCUGCUUGCCUCUGCUGUUUAAGUGCUGGGAUUAAAGUCGUGCACCACUACACCCAGCCUGUUUUGGGUUUUAUUAAGUAUUUUUUAUUUAUAGUGUGUGUGUGUGUGUGUGUGUGUGUGUGUGUGUGUGUGUGUGUGUGUGUGUUGGGGGGAUGCCUGCAGAGACUGGAGAGAGUGGUAUCCCCUGGAGUUGGAGCUCUAGGCGGUUAUGAUCUGCGUGGGUGCUGGGAUGCAAACUUGGAUUGUUCAUAAGAGCAAUAUGUGCUUCUAACCACAGGUUCAUCUCUCCAGCCCCCUAUUUUAUUUUUGAAAUAAUUGUCUUGCUAUGUUGCCCAGGCUACCCUCAAACUCAGAGAGCUAUCUUAGUUCUCUCUCUCUCUCUCUCUUAGUUUGUCCCCCAAUUUAGCCGAUAUUUACAAUAUACUUUCCUUGAAUUUUGCCUGAGUCUUCUUUCCAUCCAUAGCCAGCAUGUGGUCAUGUCUAAACAAGUGUGGUGCCAACGUAAGGAUUAGAAUUUGUAUUCAAACUGAAAGGCAAGAAGAUAAAAGUACAAAAUAAUAGAGACCCUGAAACGAUGAGAGAAACUUGAACACUUCUCAUUCCUGACUGGCUUUACAUUGCUAGUGUUUUCUCCAGGUUUUUCUUUCUUUUCUUCUUUGAAAUUUUUUCUAUGUAGUCCUGGCUGUUCUGGAACUAGCUCUGUAGACCAGGCUGGCCUCAAACUCAUAGAGAUCUGCCUGCCUCUGCCUCUGCCUCUGAGUACUGGGAUUAAAGGUGUGCACCACCAAGCCCAGCUUCCAUUACUUUCUUAAAGCCAGACCAGCAGCCAGUCAUUUUCUUCUGUGAAGGGCUGCUACAGUGGGACUUUUCAGCUGUAGCUGUAACUGCCUACCUUGGUUCUGUAUAAAGCAGCCGCAGAUAGUAUGUGAGUGGGCAUGGUUUUAUUGCAAGAAGACUAUUUAUAAAUACAACAGAUGAGCUGAAUUUGACCCAUGCCAACCGGGGAUGAAUCAAUGAAACGAUACUUUUAAGCCUAGUUUGCCCUGUUUACCUCUCCUGGGAACCACUCCUACUGAAGUUCAUUUCAGCUUAGCAGUUGGUGUCACUGGACUUAGGAUAAGAAAAAUAUUCAGGAACGUGCCUUUAUACAUCAUGUCUGUGCUCUCAAGUCUGCAGGGUAAAGACUCAGGGAGACAUACAAACAAUGGUGUUCCAGGUUAGAAAGGGACAAGCGAGAAUAUUUUUUUGAGAACUUUUUUUUAACUUUAGUGUAUGCACAGUAUUGUAUUACAUGUAAUUGUAAGUUUAGCCAUUUAACCUUUGAUGCUGGCUGUACUUUAGAAUGAGCCUGCGGAGAUUCUCAGAAUGGAGGGGUAAACUUUCCUGAGCCUACAAGUCAGACUUACCUUGUCACUUACAGCAGAUGAAGCUAAAUGUUUGCAUCAAAGUAAACAGGGGGAUGAGGAUAAGAAAGGUAAAGAAAGGGUCUUGCUGUAUUAAACAGCGUGAUGGGAUAAGCCAGCAUGUGAGAACCUGGGGCAGGAGAAUCAAUUCAAGACCAGCCUAACCACACAUGGAGACACUAUCUCCCAGACAAAAGAGAACCAGUUUGGAGAGAUUGCUCAGUGGUUAAAAACAUGUCUCUUACAGAGGACCAACCCAACAGUUCCCAGCACCUCUGUGGGUGCCAUGCCUCAGCCAACUGUAGCUUCAGUUCCAGGGGUUCCACCAGCCCUCCGGUUCCCAGGUGUCUGCACUCAUAGGCACACACACACAUAACUUUUCCCUUAAGGCCGAAGUCUGGUUUGUGAAAUAUUUAUCAAGAAGGCGAGAUUUGAGCAGAUCCCUGGAAGAAAUGGAGGCUGUGGUAGCAGGACAUGAGAUUGAAGAGGGAGUUACCGUGGGUAGGGAUAGAUUGAGGCCCACCCUAAAGGAUGAUGGUCUGUCUGGUUGGCUACAUCAGAAUAAUCCAAAGAGUUUGCAAGAAAUAGCUUCUCAGGCACUGUCCCAGUACCUGGCCAGUCUGAUACCCAAUCAAGUUUAGUACCCACUCCAUCCUAGACUUUCUUUUUUUUUUUUUUUUUCUGGAGCUGGGGACCGAACCCAGGGCCUUGCGCUUCCUAGGCAAGCGCUCUACCACUGAGCUAAAUCCCCAACCCCAAUCCUAGACUUUCUUUUUUUUUUUUAAAGAUUUAUUUAUUAUAUAUAAGUACACUGUAGCUGUCUUCGGACACACUAGAAGAGGGCAUCAGAUCUCAUUACAGAUGGUUGUGAGCCACCAUGUGGUUGCUGGGAUUUGAACUCAGGACCUUUGGAAGAGCAGUCACUGCUCUUAACCACUGAGCCAUCUCUCCAGCCCAAUCCUAGACUUUCUUAAACGUCCUUCAUCCAUCUGUCCUAUGAAGGUCUGUUGGGGACAUUCAUCUGCCUCAUGGAAGAUAACAGGGGUAAUCAGGAAGGAAGAUAGGUGUCAAGGACAGUCUCUUGUGCACACUCUUCUGUGGACCCCAGUGCUCAUUGGCCAUUUUACCUGCCCAGGGAUCCUACUGCUGCUCCUGCCACUGUGGUGUUUAUCCAGGGAGUUGUUAGUCCUGCAGAUGCUCUGAGGCCUGUUAGCUCCAUUGGCUCCGUCAGGCCACUUACAGUGCCUGCUCAGUACCAGGCACCUUGGACAGCAGCACUGUAGGCAGAGCAUGUCCCCUUUCUGUGUCCAUUUCACGCCCCUAGGCCAAGGAGGUAGGCACCUCUGGAAUGUAGCUUCUCAAGGGCAGGAGUUUUUGUUGCAUUCAUUGAUAAAUCCUCCAGCACCUAGAGCUGUGUCUGGCAGAAUCAUAGGUCAUAAUCAGGUUAAAACCAAAAUCAAACAAAACCCCACAAUUAUGUAGCAUUGUCUGUGACAAGGGUAAAUGAGGCCUGAAGGAAAAACAAAUGUUAGCCAGGCAAAGGAUAUAGGGUGAGCAGGGCCAUCUCACUAGAGGGGAUUUAAAGGGUGUUCUAGGCCACGUGCAGCAGGAUGGACAGGGAAAGUGGACACAAUGUAGGUACUAUGUUGCUAUGUGCUUAGGAUCCAGGCUGUGAGCCGGGGAAUCACCUUUGAGAGCCCCAGGAGAGCUUGGUCUGGACAUACAAUGGCUAAAUUCUGUGCUGGGCCCACCCGACUGCCUUUUUAUUCCAUUCUUUCAUACAUCUUUUGGAAUGUUUACAUAAGAUUUUGUCCUUUAGAGGAGGUUUAAGUUUAUAUCAAAAUUAAGUAGCUGGAUGUGGUGGUACAUGCCUUUAAUCCCAGCACUUGGGAAACAGAUUUCUCUGUGAGUUCAAGGCUAUCCAGCUCUGCAUAAGGAGUUCCAGGUUGGCCAGAGCUAAACAGUGAGACCCCGUCUCACAAAGAAAAAAAAUUACGUAGAAUGCACAGAAAUUUCCCACCACCCUCCCACCUUGGGGAGUAGCCCCUCCGAAUUCCACCAACAGUGUUAGUUUCUGACAAACAUAGAUGGUGCGUUAGCUUUAUCAUGACAGACCAUCCUUCAUGUAGGGGUCCCACUUGCUACUGUGCAGUGUAUGGGUUUGGAUGAAUGUGUAAUGAUGUGUCCUUGAUAUUACAUCACACAGAACUGUCUCAAUGCCCUAAAAAUUCCUGUGCUCCACUUUAUUCCUCCCUCCUUCUCAACCGAGCCCUGGCAAAUGCUGACCUCCUUAUAUCUUUAUAGUUUUGCCUUCCAGUAUGUCCUGUGAUCAAAAUAAAAUAAGUAUUUAGCCAUUUUGGAUGGGUGCUUUUAAUAAUAGCAUUUAAACAUACUCCAUGCCUUUUCAUACCUUUUGAGUGAUUACCCCCCCCUUUUUUUUUUAAAUUUACUUAUGAUAAGUACACUGUAGCUGUCUUCAGACACACCAGAAGAGGGCAUCGGAUCCCAUUACAGAUGAUUGUGAGCCACCAUGUGGUUGCUGGGAUUUGAACUCAGGACCUCUAGAAGAGCAGUCAGUGCUCUUAACCACUGAGCCAUCUCCCCAACCCAAGUGAUCACCUCCUUUUAGUACUAAAUAAUACUGAUUUCUGUAACCCUCUCAGUUUAUUUAUCCUCACCUACUAAAGACCAUCUUUUGUGACUUCAGGUGUGGGCAGUUAUGAAUAAAGCUUCUGUGAACAGCUGUCUGGGGUGUUUAUGCAGACACACGCUUUCCAUGCCUCAGGAUAAAGCCAGGGGCUGCAGUUGCUCAUCAUCAUUAGUUGUGCAAGACGGCACUGAGCCGUCUCCUGUGGCUAUAACUGGCCUGGCCUGGAACUCACUCUAUGGUGCAGACUGGUCUCAAACUUGCAGUCCUCCUGUCUUAGCCUCCAGAGUGCUGGGAGUGCUGGGACCCUAGUCGUGAGCCAUUACACCCAACCCAGUCAACGCUAUCACUCCUUAUCUGCUUCCCACCUCGUCAAGGUAAAGCCACCUGAGGCCAGACUGUUCUGUAACAGUGCCUCAUGAGUAGUUUCCCAUCAUCCAUCUGGUUCGUUCUUCCUAGUUCCAUAGAGAAAAUGCUUGCAUGGGGUGAGAAGCCCGGGAUAAUAAAGAGAAGAAAGUCUGAACACAGUCUACCGUCUGAAUGCUUCUCUUCUUUGAAGGUUUCAUACAUGUACACUGUAUCUUGUCAUAUCUACCCCCAUUCCCUCCUUCUCAACUCCCCUGGACUCUGUCCCCAACACAUUUCCCUCCCAUUGUAAACAUCCUGUCCUUGUAACACAGAGACUGAUUAGUGCUGCCAAGGUGCUUGGUACAGAGUCACCCACUGGGGCCUUCCUGUGGCCACCUCUGGUGCUGUGACUGAGCGUGGUUUCCAUAGGCUUGUACUUCUCCUUGCUUGGUCCCCAGUUGAUGAGCUGUUUCGAAAAGAUUAGGAGGUGUAACCUUUUGGGAGGAGGUGUGUCACUGGGAGUGGGCUUUGAGGUUUCAAAAGCCUACACCAGGCCUACCUAGUGUCUCUCUGCUGUUGUCUGUAGAUCAGGAUAUAAAGCUCUUGGGUAUGAUAGUGGACUCACCCUCUGAAACCUUAAGCAAGUAACUGUACCUGUAACUCCAGUCAAAUGUUUUCUAAGAUUUGCCUUGGUCAUGGGGUCUGACACCACCCAAAGAAAAGAGACUCUUCCUUCUGUAUCCAGAUGCCAUAGUGGUUGUAUGGUUUGUCUUUUCACUGUUUUUGAAAUUAAAAUAUAAUUACAUCUGCCUUCCUAUGUCCCCUCCUACUUAAGGUUCCAAGGCUGACCAAUGUAAUUGUGGGGAGCUCAUUCCUAGGGAGACUGUUCCUCCCACUGUCAGGAUUGCUGACUUCUUUGAGUAUGAGUGGGGUGGGGCAUCCUGAGAUUCGCCCUUUCCAAGUCAGCGUGCUGACUGCUGUGGUAAUUCUCCUGACCUUGCUUAGGCAGCCAUGCUGUUGAAGCAUCAUGGGCAAAUCUUUCAGUCAUUCCUAGGAGACAGAACCUCACAGCACCUCUCCUGGUGCUUCAGCAUUUAGUCCUCCAUCUCCUCUUCCCUGAUGUUCUCUGAGUCAGGUGCAGGAGCUGUGCUGUGUGAGGCCCUGGAUUUCAGAGGGCCUCUCAGCCCCACUUUCCUAACCCUGCCUAAUCCCUAACUGCAGUCCGAGGGCCUAACACCCCUGGCAGUUCUGAGGGAUGAGAAAAUCUCUCUUAGACCAAGGGAGACUUUUCAAUUGUCUUUGAAUUUAUAAUCAUUUCAAGUUUUUAAAAAUAAUUUUAGGGCUGGCAAGAUGGCUUUUGGAUAGAGAUGUUCGCUACAAAGUCUGACAACCUGAGUUUGAUUCCUGAACCCCACGUGGUAGGAGAAGAAAACCAAGUCCUGGGGCUGGGGAUUUAGCUCAGUGGUAGAGCGCUUGCCUAGGAAGCACAAGGCCCUGGGUUCGGUCCCCAGCUCCGAAAAAAAAAAAGACCCCCCCCCAAAAAAAAAAGAAAACCAAGUCCUGCAGCUUGUCCCCUGACCCCCACAUGCAUGCUGUAGCAAGCUGUAAGUACGUAAGUAAAUAAAUAAAUAAAUAAAUGUAAAUUUUAAAAUAUUUUUAACAGCAAGAAAAGGCUUCUGAACUCCAAAAUUACAUUGGAAGGUACAGGUUGGAAAAUUAAACUGCAAAUGAGUAUGCACAGGUGGGUCGCACAGAGCAGAGCGCACGAGCAGAGUACACAGCAGGGUAUGAUGUGCACACCCACAGUUCCAAAAAUGGGGUGGGGUGGGGGGACAGAGGCAGGAGGACUGCCACAAGUUCUGGGGCAGCUAGGACUGUACUGCAGAAUGCUCUCACAAAAUAAGCAGAAUAGAUUCAAAAUCCUACAGGAAUUCCGUAUGGAAAUCAACAAUGUAAUGUCAGAUGUAUGAGGAGAGGCAAAUGCAACAUGACUGGAGAAUGGCAGGACUCAUGUCUGAUGUUACGUGUUUCUGUGAAGCUAUGGAGUAUUAUAAAGGCAUUGUAGAACUUUUUCCGGUUUAGAAGACAAUCUCUUCAUCACAUUGUAUUAAAUCCCUGCUUUGUGGCAGUGCGGCAAUGCAGGUCUUACUUAUAAAAAUUAACUCAAAACGAGUCUUAUGGAAACCUGAAACCUACGAAACACAUAAAGAAGCAGAGCAAGUGGGGCGUAGUGGUGCGCGCCUUUAGUCCCAGCGCUCGGGAGGUAGAGGCAGGCAGAUCUACACGAGUUCAAGGCCAUCCUUGUCUACAAAGCAAGUUCCAGGACAGCCAGGGCUACACAGAGAAACCCUGUCUCAAAAAACAACAAAAGCAUAGGACUAAUUCUUAGUGACUUCAAGGUAGAUCCCGACAGAGAGUCAAGGCCUUUCGAAUCCUGGCGUGCUCAUCAAAGGCUCGACCAAGAGGCCCAAGGAGGGUAAUCACUAGUUACUAGUGGUUUAUCUGUGUAGUGUUUAACAGCAAUCUGUGAAGUUGCAUUGUCUGUAAUUAAGAUACACAGUCUGACUUUAUAGGAUAUAAUAAUAAAAUAGUGAUGGUGGGGGCUGGGUAAUGUCUCAGGCAAUAAAGCACCUACUGUGCACAUGGGGACCUGAGAUGGAUUCAUAACAGCCAGGGUGCUGGCUGACCACAGUCCAACCCUGCUGCUGACGACAGGGAAGGGGGCUACCACAGCUAGAUUCCUGGGGCUCACUGGACAGUCAGGUUAGCCAAUGUGUGAGAUAAGAUCUGGAGAAAGACCUUGUCUCAAAAAUAAGGUGAGUGAACGGUGGAGGAAGAUACCUUACGGCAGCCUCUGGGCACACAUGUACAAUGUACACACCGGCAAGCACAGCUGACACACUUGUAUUCCCACAGGCAUGUACACACAUACACACAGAGAGAGAGAGAGAGAGAGAGAGAGAGAGAGAGAGAGAGAACAUGAAAUAGUAAGGCAAACCAGUUAUCUAUUUUAACAUUUUGACAAUUUAACACUGUCUCCAUUAGUUAAUUAAUAUCCCUAAAUUAGACCAGAAUGGCCUCCAACUCAGAGUUCUACUUGCUUCUGCCUCCAGAGCGCUGGGAUUAAAGGUGUGCACCACCACGCCCAGCCUACACUUUACUCCAGACAUCUUUCUUUUGAUGCAGGGUUGCUAGCCUCAGACUCACUAUGCAGAUGAAGGGUGACCUUCUGACCUGCCUGCCUCCAUCUCCAAGUGCUGCGCUCACAGCUGCAUGUUCUCAGGCCCUGGUCUUAGCAGAGCCUUGUGCAUUCUACACAGGACUCCCUACUCGAGUGACAUCCCUAGGCCUCGUUGUGAUUUUGUUUAACUGUUUUUAUCAUCUUAAGAAGCCUCUGUUGAGGGGCUGGGGAUUUAGCUCAGUGGUAGAGCGCUUACCUAGGAAGCGCAAGGCCCUGGGUUCGGUCCCCAGCUCCGGAAAAAAAAAAGAACCAAAAAAAAGAACCAAAAAAAAAAAAAAAAAAAAAAGAAG